UCGACUGGAGCGGUCGUGUGUGAACAGAAGAACUGUGAAAUCGCGAGUGUGAACGUGUUGUUGUUAAUUUCGUGAUUUAUGUACAGACUUUUGGAGAACAUUCAAAUCGGUACGCCGAUGGAAUACAAAGCGUGAGGACAAUAUCCCUUUAUGUGAUCACUACAACUAUGGUUGCACAAUCGUUGAUCGAUUUCGCCCAUCCAAAAUGUAAUAUAUUAACAUGAACCCUAUCACCUUCGCCAUAUACAUUACUAGCCUUUUUUGGCUAAACCUGAGCGACGCUAAAAUAGGAUACUUUUGGCACAUCACAGAUCUUCAUUAUGACCCGUUCCACAAUUCCCCGGAGUUCCAUAGAGGUUGCAAGCACAAUCGCAACAACGACCACAACCAUAGGAACGGGCGGCACCGCGACCACACCUGCGACAGCUCGUGGUUGCUUAUACAAAGCGCAGUGGCGUUUAUGGCAGAACGCCACCCGGAAACAUUGGAAUUCGUGCUGUGGACUGGGGAUAUUCUCUCAUCAUCUAUGGAACACUUGAGUGACGAGAUCAAAUUGGAAGCGGUUAGAAAUGUAACAGACUUGCUGGGUCGAACGUUCAGCAGUCAAUUCAUUUUCCCGGCGCUAGGACAUAACGAUCCUCCGCCUUCAAAGAAGUUGAUUGAGAUGUGGAUGCAGUGGCUGCCAUCAGAUGCUUUGCAGACAUUUGAAAUAGGUGGUUAUUACACAAUAGAACAUUCCUAUAGUAAGCUACGUAUUGUAGUUUUGAAUAGCGUGCUAUGGGCUGGCGGCGCGGUCAAGACGGAGGGCCCUCAUAAGGGCAGGGCUCAGUGGGAAUGGCUGGAACAGGUCCUAAGCAAGGCUAGGCGAAAAAAUGAAAUGGUAUACCUAGUAGCCCACGCUGGCCCUGGCGUGGAGGAAAGGCACAACGCCGGCAGCUCCUCCGCGGCGGGUGGGGGAGAGCUCACCCCCACCGCUAACUCUAAUCUAGUGAGAAUUAUUAAGGCUUUCAGUGACGUCAUCGUUGGACAGUUUUAUGGUCACCGGCAUACGGAUACCUUCCGAUUGAUGUAUAGCGAUGGUCAACCUGUGUCUUGGGCGUUGCUAGCGCCAUCUAUAACUCCAAGAGGAGCUGGUAGUAUAUCUAAUCCAGGAUUGAGACUGUAUAAAUUCGAUACAAAUAAUGGAAAAGUCUUGGAUUAUACACAAUUUUAUCUUGAUGUUACAAAUAAGAGAGGUGAACUGAAUUGGGCAGUUGAAUAUAAUUUGACACAAUACUAUAAUCUUAGAGAAAUAAAUGCCGUAUCAUUAGACGCUUUAUCUAAAAAAAUAAGGAACUACAAUGAUCGAACCUAUUUGAACAAGUAUCUGACUGCUCUUCAUGUACGCCAUUCAACGGAUGUGCUAGACUGCGACGUGACCUGCGUGCACGUUCACUACUGCGCAAUAGUUCACGCUGAAUUUCACGAGUUUCGCGCAUGCGUCCGCAACCCCGCGUCGGCGCUAGCGUCGCGCGCGCCGAACCUAUCCGCCGCCAUUUUGCUUUACGCCAUCUUGUUGUUAAUUUCUUCUAAACGAUAUUGAACCAAUGUUUUAAUUGCUAGUGAAUAAAUAGAAGAAUCUAGUCAUUUUUUACUAGUCCUCUUUGCGACUAAGCCCCAGCCCCCAUCAUAUACCUACUUUAACCGACUUAAUGUGUACUGUAAUUACAAUAAUUAUUCUAGGUUAUAAUAAUUAGAAUCUAACUAGUAUUUGUCAUAUCAAAAUAAAGAUAAAGUUCAAAUUAUUAAAAAAUCAGGUAGGCAUUUGUAAAUAAUAGAAUUAGGUAAAUUUAAAUACAAACAGAUGAACUAGAUUCCGAUUAACUCUCCAGAAUAGAUACCAAGUUAAGAGAAUUUUUAUAUUUUUUAUUAUAAUUUUAUUAAGACUACAAAUCUCCCUUAACAUUUCUAUUAAGAAGAAAGUAAGUAAACGGAAAAGAAAAAUAUCGUUGUAAUCAGACUUUUUGUUUUUAGUUCUUGUUGUUGUCUGGAAUUUUAUAAUACUAUAAAGCUAUUUAGAAAAUACUAUGUACUUGUUUGCUUUAUUUUAUAAAAGCUUCCUAAAUUGUUAUUUCUGCCAAGUUUAAUCACAUUCUACAGAUUCGUCCAACGAUGUUUGUACAAAGUGAUUUUUGACAUUUGAUUAAUUAUAAUUAUUUUAAGAAACUAUUUGUAGAAAUGCAUAGGAUUUUAGUGUUUCUUUUUGUUAGUGUUGUGUUUAGUUCCAAUCUGGAAAAUUACUUGGCGAAAUCAAAGUUUUGUUAAAACUUCAGCAACCAAUAUAAUUAUUGACUUUAGAUAGAUAUUUUUAUUUUGUGAAAAGUUGAUGAUCUAUGUAUAUUCUAUUGUAAACCUAGUUAUUUAUAAUUUCAAUGUGAUAGUAUAUUAUAUCUGUAUAAAUUUAGAGAAGGUAAGAAAAGUAACUAAUUGUAAUAACUGAAAUAUUAAAGGCAUCGAAAAAUG